UAUCCGUUAACCUCUCGUAGAGUAAACAACUCAGUAAAAAAUUUAACGUAAAAAAAUUGUCUGUACUUGCAGUAGAUUUCUUUUAGAUUUCCUUUUAAUUUCCAAUUUAUUGGAAACCAAAUUUUACCGGCGAUAAAUUCCAAGUUAUUUGCUUUUUUUCGGAACAACAUUUUUUUGAAGGGGUACUUUCGUGUAAAGUAGUACUGGGGCCAUGUUCGGUAAAUCGCGUCAGUUGCUCUUCCGGGUCUGCAGUCGGUCCGCCGUGUGCCGCCAAUAUGCUCCGAAGUUCCUGAAGCGAUCCUACGCCUCGCAGGCCAUCAACCAGAUGCUGUUGCUCCAGCAGAUGGACAUCUGUGCCGAUCAGCCGUCGCGAGCCCUGGUCAUCGGCGUCUAUGCGGAUGAGGAGGACAAGAACGACGCGGGCAUCCUGACGCCCGCCGGCUGGCGGUACAAUCUCCAGAAGACCAAUGGUCGCCUGAUCGAGGUGCUCCGGAUGUCGGGACCCAUGCCCAGGAGGGGCGAGGCCCGUCUGCUCUUCGCCGUGGAGCCGGAGCGCAUUCCCUACUAUUCCGUGGUGGCCGUCGUCGGUCUGGGCAAGGAGUGCCUGGGCUACAAUCCCUACGAGGUCCUGGACGAGCAGAAGGAGGCCAUUCGACGAUCGGUGGCCGCUGCCUGCAGGAUUCUCGCCGAACUGGACACAGAUCGAAUUGAGGUGGAGAACUGCGGACACGCGGAGUCUGCGGCCGAAGGAGCUGCCCUGGGCAUCUGGCUGUACCAGGAACUGCGCGAUCCCAAGACCCGAAUCUUCGUCCCGGCCAUCGAUUUGUAUGCCACCAAGGACGAGGUCUGCGACAUUGAAGGAUGGCGCAUUGGGCUGCAAAAGGCUGCCGCGCAGAACCUGACCCGCCAGCUGCAGGAGAUGCCCUCCAAUCUUUUGACACCCACUGCCUUUGCCCAGAAUGUCGUCGAGGUGCUCUGUAAAUCGGGUGUCAACGUUGAGGUCAAGGUCGAGGGUUGGGCGGAGAGCCAGUCGAUGCACGCCUUCCUGGCGGUGGGCAAGGCCUCCUGCGAGCCACCCAUCUUCCUGGAGCUGAGCUACUAUGGAACCUGUGCCGAGGAGCGACCCAUUGUCCUGGUUGGCCAGGGAAUCACCUACGACGCCGGCGGUCUGUGCCUGAAGAAAAAGCACGAGCUCUUCCACAUGCGCGGCGACAUGACCGGAGCAGCGGUGGUGGUGGCCACCUGUCGGGCGGUGGCUGGUCUGAGGUUGCCUGUCAACAUCCGCGGCCUGAUCCCUCUGUGCGAGAACGUAGUUGGCUGCAACUCCUUCCGACCCGGCGACAUGGUCAAGUCUAUGAACGGCAAAACCAUCGAGGUUCAGUGCACGGAUCACGAGGAUGUCCUUGUGCUGGCCGAUGCCCUGCUGUAUGCCCAGAACUUCUGUCCCAAGUGCAUCAUAGACAUCGGCACCUGCUCGGGAUAUAUGCGGCAGUCCCUGGACGAGGCAGCCUGCGGUGUGUUCACCAACUCGGAGAUCCUGUGGCAGCAGAUCAAGCACGCCAGUAUGCACACCGGGGAUCGCGUUUGGCGCUUCCCCCUGUGGAACUUCUACAGCAAGGCGGUGCGUGCUGGAGGACGCAGUGAUGUCCAGAACUACGGCAUCGGUCGUGGUGGACGUCCUUGCAAGGCAGCCGCCUUCCUCCGUGAAUUCGUGCCCUGCGGACAGUGGAUGCACAUUGACGCCACCAAUGUAAUGGUCACCAACGGCAUCGACUUCGAGUAUUUGCGUCGUGGAAUGGCUGGCCGACCCACCCGAACCCUCAUCGAAUUUAUUGCCCAGACAAUCUGCAAGGACACUGCUCCCAAGAUGGGAAAAUAGGUAUUGCGUUCCGAUGGAGGAGCAACUGACGAGAAGAUGACUAAAUCCCAACGGCAGUAGAAGCGCUACCACCAUGUCCACUUUUUGGUGAAUUUAUUUAAAGUCUGUCCAGGAUGGAUGUCAUUAUUCAGUUUGUCCCUUGCUAACGAGAUUGUUCCCAGGCCAAAAAAUUGUUUUUUCGUUAAAAGUUACAUUAUUUAAUAAAAUUUCUCUUUCGAAUUGAA